GCUUCACAUGUUUUUGUCAUACCUUAUUACAUGUAUGCCCUACUGUGCAAAGAGAACCAUUGUGAAACAACAAGGGGCCUCACCUCAACACCAUGGCAUUAUAAAAGAAUUUACCUCAACUGGCUUCUUUGGAAUGUCAAAGAGUAUUAAGGAGCUUUUAUUGUGCAUUCUCUGGGAUUGAGCUGAGCAUACAGUUACAUGUACAUAGAUACGGUGUAUAUUCACCAGUCCAUAGCAGACUACAGAUUGGCAGCCACCAUAAGCACACUGCACAAUCAUAGCUCAGCUCAGGCUCUUGGAACAUAUGAUAACAUGACAUAAUAAAACAUCAUGGCAAAACUGUUCCUGAGGUGAUGGCUCAUUGUAGCAACGGACUAAACCACAGAAUUUCAUUCAAUGGUCCAUUCUUCUCCAAAAAGGAUAGAAACACCAACAGCCACAUAGCAGAGUUCCGUAAUAAGCACCUGGUUUGUGCCGGGUGCAAGCAGCGCUUUGUGACUUCUGUCUACACACCAACGCUGCUUCCCUGCCUGCAUUCCAUCUGUCCAACUUGCUUGGAAGAAGCAACAUCCAAGGACAGCGACACUGUCAGCACUGUUUGUCCAUAUUGUAAGCAACAGGUGCCAUCCACACAAGGUGUCUUGACAAGGAAAUCCAUUGCUCCAGACUUCCAUGUUGAUUACCUUGCAGAGUACCUCGGAUACACGGAAGGGAUCGUUAGACUCUGUGAAGGUUGUGAAUCUUUCACCAAACUCGCCAGUGCUUGCUGCUCCAACUGCAUCAAAUUCCUGUGCAAAGAGUGUCUGAUUAGACAUCAGUACACUGUAGGAUACCAAAAUCAGCAUUUCCUUGAGGUCAAUGAUCUGACAAAGGAGGAGUGGGCAGUACUGUCGCGUCAGCAACGCUUUUGUGUGGUCCAUCAAAGUCAGGCCCUUACUCUUUUUUGUACUGGUGAAGAGUGCAACCUGCCCAUCUGCCUUUCCUGCUGCAAAAGCGAUCAUAUCUCAGACGGACAUAACAUAUCCGACCUGUCUUCGGUUGUGGAACAGCUGAAAGUCGAACUUCAAGAGCUUAUCAUCAUGAGUGAGAAACAAACCCAAAUGCUCGAGAAGCUGUUGGAGAACAUUGAUCUAGUGACCCAGAAGCUCACAUGCAAUGCUGAGGAAGCGACGAGUCAAAUCAAAGCCCUCUUCAGCAGGUGUCACAAGGUCCUGCAGCAGAGAGAGGAGGCUCUACUUAAAGCUGUCACAGAUGCACACACUAAGAUGCAACAAGGACUUAAGCAACAGAAGGAUGACACUAAGACCAUGCUUUCACACAUUGCUGUCAUGACAGACUGUGCAAACACCAGCAAUAAUGCGAACAGUACAGUAUCCAUAGCCAGGGUGCAAAAGAAGUUAGAAGGAUUCUUCAAAGAGGUUGCAAGCGGGGUGUUCUAUCCUCUACCGUUGGCCAACAGCUGCAUUGACUUCACUCACAGGCAUAAUGAAGCCUUAACUUAUUUUGAUUAUGCAGUGAAAGACCUAGGUAAAGUGACCAACGGAGAUGAAGUGCCUUUCUUGACAGUGGUAAAUCCUCAAGAGUCUUUCGUCAAUCAGGAAAGCACUGUGAGACUUGAAAUGACCAACUUGAAAGGAGAUCGCAGCACAAAGGGUGGAACCAUAGUAUCCGCAAAUAUGAAGACUCCUUUUGACGAGAACUUACAGUGUACCGUUGUUGAUAACAUGGAUGGAUCAUACAUCAUACGGUAUCUUCCUACUGACCCUGGUGAUCAUCUCUUGCAUGUUGAGGUCUGCCACGAGCCUAUCAGAGAUCAGCCAAUAACAAUUCCAGUGUAUGCUCUUUGUACAGAAAUCAAGGGGGAGAACACAGAUGAAGAAUGCAUGGUGGAAAUCUAUGCGAAUGAUUGCAACGGAAAGCGCCAGGCGUUACCCAAAGACCUCAAGUUCUCAGCAGAUGUCCUGGACCCGCAACACGAGGAACUGAAAACUCAGAUCUACUAUUACCCGUAUGGCUACCAUGGCAUUGUCUUCCGUCCAAACAGUAUUGGUGAGCAUAAGCUGACAAUUAACUUGAACAAUGUGCUUGUCAAGUCUACCCCUAUCAUGGUGCCCAUCCACAGGAUCAUCUCUUGUCAAGUGGACAAGAAACCUUUCUUCCUGGAGAACAUCUCUGGGAUGACAGUGACCUACAUGGGUAAGAUCUUCCUUGCAGACACUAUACAGAACGAAAGAGUGCUGGGAUUCAAUCAAAAUGGUGAAUGCUUCACCAAGAUCAAAACACCAUACAAGGGAGAUGCCUUGAUCACUAAAGACAGAAAAGACAACCUUGCAAUGCUCUUUCCUUAUCGACAAGUAAUGAUCUUUUAUACUCAGAAGGGGAAGCAGGUCCGUUUCUUCGACACACCGCAGGUUGUCAAUCCUGUGUCAAUUGCUGUCACAUCCGCAGAGGAAACACUCAUCCUGGAAUGCCUCAGCAGUUCUGUUUUGGUGUACAACUCUGCAGGGUUCCUCCAGACGACUGUCGGUGGGACCAACCACGCUAUCAGUCUCGGCUACCCGAUCUCCAUGAGCCUUGAUUCCAGGGACAACAUUUACAUCAGCAACAAGACGGGAGGUUCCAUCCUGAAUCUGACCUGGAAGGGAGACUUCAAGCGUAGUAUCAGUCUUCCGGAGGCCUUCAAUCAGAUCGGUUCCGUUGACUGCACCCCCGAUGGCUACAUCCUGAUCCACGAGGAGAAGCUCUCUCAGGUUGUUUACGUUGUCAGCAGGAGGAGCGGUAACGUCCUGCGCACCAUCAAUGUCCACGGCAUCGUUGGUUUCCUGGAGCACCUCGGCGUGACCCCUGAUGGUUGUUUCAUCAAGUUGGACCGCAAGAAAGGGUGUCUGAGAAAGUACAGGUAUGCGUACUACUCAAGACGUAACACCUAUCCUGCUAUAGCUGCAUCUACUGCUGAUGAUCAAAAUGAUUUUGAGGUGGUGGGAUAGCAAGACAAAGAUGCUUCAUAUCUGUUCCAUGCAAACCAGUGGAUUUAUAUAUU